AUGGAUGACACCCAGGACACAGUGCCCGGGUUUCGUCUCGGCACGCCACAGCCUCGCUCGCGAGCACUGGACUUGCUACUUUUGGAGGCCCGCCGUAUGCUAGGUUCGGAAGGGAUGCCAAAGCGCCUGUCACCGACAACCCGUAAGAACGCCGGCCGCAAGAACGCCAACCGCCACGCACGUGGCAACCGCCAUCGCCGAGAGGCCGCCAACACCACUGCCGCCGCAGCAUCUCUCGCCGAGAUGGAAAGCGACAGCAAUGGCUCAGCGCCUACGUCUCCGAGUAGCCGCACGAUCUCCUCCUCGCCGGCCACCAGCUCUGACAGCACGGAGUCGUCGCCAUCGCUCAGCGCCUCGUGUAGCGUGUCACCAACCUCUAAUCCCACAAGGUCUGAUCGUUCGUCGUCUGCAUCAUUGCCCGCCUCACCGCUGACUCACGUUGACAACGAAACUACGACCGCGGCCGCGACGGAAAGCAGCCCACCGCCAUCUCUCGAAGCUCCGCAACAUGGCGAACAACAAGCGAACGACCCCCGCCGGUGCCAUGACAGCCACCCGGCGUCACCUUCCCUAGCCCUCCACGUGGCAGCGGUUGCCGAGCAUUCGCAGAACGGGCCAGCUCCCCAAGCAAGCGCCGACAAGUCGAAUGGGGAACAACAAAAUCCCCCACUGGCCGAGCCACCCACUCGUCCGCGCCCGACAGAGCGAGAUAGAGAGGGUCAGUCUCCCUCUCCAAUGACUCACGCCGGGGCAGCACCUGCGACAAGCUCUCAAGGUAUGAGCAACGACGGCGCCGAUGUGAAAAAGGCAAUGGGGGAAAAGGAAUGCACUCCUCAACCUACCCAGCUAGCUCGGCGCACCCGCGCCCCAGCAGUGUUCUCGGGCCGCUCCAGCCGCUCGCUCCGCAAAGCAGCCAGCAGCAACAGCCCCACACCGAGCCAGAACGUCGCCCAGCACUCAUCUCCGCCUCGGAUUCAACCGAGCAGGCUAAUCAACACAGCGCUAAUCCCCCCUCACUACCCAAGAGGGCCGGGAAAAGCAGGCCGCGCUACAGGCCUCUCGAGAUGA